UGCAGCUACGGGUGUGUUUUAUGUCUCAGCUCUGCACGAUAUUUGUUAUUCAUAUCAAGAGGAGUUUGUCUAGUUAAAUCUGCAUUCGACUCAUCACCUUUUUUCGUGCGAUUAGCUUUAGUUAAGAGUCGCUAACACACAACAGCAGCAAUAGUCGAAUGGUGGUAGCUACACUUAUACAAUACACCGUAAGAAACGCAACAGAAGUGUCCAUACUGGUCAAAGCGAUUUCAUCAGGGCGGCGCUUCGCCUCUAUUAGCAGUAUUACGGUACAGCGCUAAAUCAACACGGAAGAGCUUUAGCUGGCUGGGAUCACGUUUAUUGUCGUGUGGUAAACGCAGUUGUCGUUUUAAAUCAUGUCUUUUCGGAGCAUUUCUAAAGAGGCACUGGCUGGAUCCAUCACACUGGGAGUUGUGUUGCUCGCCGGUUAUUUCUUUGGGAAAAAGAAAUCUUCCAGAAUGAGCAUCUCCAAAAGUCACUGCGGUGGGAAAGACGACCCGCUGCUGCAGUACGUUCUCAAUAACUCCUUGAGGGAGCAUCCGGCCCUGAAGAAACUCAGACUGAGGACAAUGGAACACUCCUGGAACAUCAUGAUGGUCGCCUGUGAGCAGUCGCAGUUCAUGGCCAAUCUGGCAAAACUAAUCAAAACCAAGAAAGCCUUAGAGAUCGGAGUAUACACAGGUUACAACACGCUGAGCAUCGCACUGACUUUGCCCGACGAUGGCGUUCUGGUGGCGUGCGACGUCAGUGAAGACUACGCCGAGAUUGGCAAACCCUUCUGGAAAGAGGCUGGAGUGGAGCAGAAAAUUGAUCUACGCAUACAGCCGGCACUGAAAACUCUAGAUGAUCUCUUGUCAGAUGGCCAGGCUGAAACAUUUGACUUUGUCUUUAUUGACGCAGACAAAGUCAACUAUGACAACUACUACGAAAAGUCUCUCCAGUUGUUGAGGAAAGGGGGAAUCAUUGCUAUUGACAAUGUGCUGUGGGGUGGAAAGGUGUUGAAUCCGACCCCCGGGGAUGAAGACACUGUGGCCAUCGACAAGCUGAACAAGAAGUUGCACCGAGAUGCUCGAAUCAACCUGAGCAUGCUCACAGUGGGAGAUGGGCUCACACUAGCUAUUAAACUAUAGGCCAGACGUCUGCUAAGUGCAGUGAGUCAUGGGCUUUGGAAGGUAACUCUGUUUGUCCUUUUUUUUUUAAGUUAGGUGAACUUUUAUAUGAGAAAUGUGACGGUAGCUAAAACAUGUAAUAUCCUCAUUGGUUUUACAGUUACAAGGAAAAGUUUGAAUGAAAUAGUGAAGACAUUUGAUUAAAAAAAAAAAAAAAAACACUGCCCAUGUCACUUGUUUUUGUCGUGCAUACUUAUUGAUUUCGUAAUAGUCUCCAUGCUGUGUAACUCUAGUGUUGUGUAAUCACAAGAGAGGAUAGCGGUUGACUUCAGGACUUUAUUGCAAAGGUUAGACACACACACCAACACACUUCCUGACUAGUGUCACAGUCCUCAGAAAUGGGAAGAAAAGUAGAGGAUUCACUCUUGAUAUUCUUUCACUCAAGUCACUGAGAAAACUAAAAAUCCAUUUAGCAUCGUCUUGCAACUUAGAAGGUAUUCAAAGUAGCGGAGGUCUCUAAAUCAUCACACAGCAUAAUUAAGCCUCUAGAAAGAUAAGUGAAGACGAGCCACUACAUUGGCCUCGAUCUCGAUAAGCAUGAUUUGUUGGAGUAAACCCUCCAACGGGUAGACCAUCACUACUAAAAUACAAAUAAAAUGUGCAAAUAAAACAAAGGAGGAAGAGCUUAAAUAAAGAUAUAAUCUACUGUGCAAAUUAACAGCUCAGAUUUACAUUCUACAAUAUCACACUUCAGCAAAGUAACAAGGUUUUGGUUUUGAAAACCGUUCCAUGAUGCACCCGGAGGAGGGUUCACUAUCGAGGAUAAACUGGAAGUAACUGAUAAAUACACAGGAUUUGAAACAUGACUAGUUACUGUCACAACAAUAAAAAGGGGGCUGGUGUCAUGGUUUCUAUUUUAACAGUGCUCGACAACUGGGGGAUUGUGUUUUUAUUUUUGUUUUGGCUUCGCCUCUUUAAAAUAUCUGUUGCUGACAAGACGGGAACACAAAGGAUCAGAUUCAGCUGAGAUUUCUCGUCCUACUUUGAAAAGGCCGAGCAGAUCCUCAUGCCUCCAGCUCCAGGCCCAGGCCAAGUUUGUGACCACCGGCAUUGAUGUUCUUCCCGUCCACCAGUGCAGAGAGGAGGAGUUUCAUACCUGAAAUACAAAAAAUGAAUGAGUUAUUGAAGGAAAACUCUUGUGUUUUUAAAAU